UCUGCGCCUUUUCCACACAACGGACGCGAGCGAAUAGGAUGCAUUGAUUGUGUGUGGGAGAAAACAGUGCUUUGGUAACGUUAGGCGACGACAUGUAUGCAGUGAACCGCUGGUGUUUCUAUAUAUUUUUAAGCUCAUGGUAGGCUUUUUAGCAUUUAAAGUGCACAAAUGAUGCACUACUCAAACUGGCUUAUUGGCGUGAAAAACCGGGCAAGCAUUCGAAAUGCAUGCAAAACACCACCUAACAUCGAUAGGAAUAAAAGGCUAACGUUAAAUGUUGAUAUGCGGAACAACAAUCCGCGCCCUGAUGGAAAGACAUCCGAUCUAACGGUCACAACCCAUCUCUGGAAAAAAGGCUACAAAACAAUCAAGAAAAUUGGCGAAGGCACAUUUUCAGAGGUGUUGAAAACUCAGAGCCUGAAAGAUGGGAAGUUCUACGCAUGUAAAACCAUGAAGCAGAGAAUUAACAGUCUGGAGCAUGCCAACAAUCUGCGGGAAGUCCAGGCAAUGAAGAGACUGAGUCCACAUGCGAAUAUCAUCCAGCUCCAUGAACUGAUUUUUGACAAAGAAACUGGAACUGUGUCGUUGAUUUGUGAACUGAUGGAGAUGAACAUCUAUGAGUUCAUACAAGGAAGACAAACGCCACUGUCUGAUAAUACAGUAAAGAACUACAUGUACCAGCUUUGCAAGUCACUUGAACACAUGCACAGCUGUGGGAUAUUUCACAGGGAUGUGAAGCCAGAAAACAUUCUCAUCAAACAAAAUGGUCUGAAGCUUGGCGACUUUGGCUCAUGUCGCAGCGUGUACUCCAAGCCGCCGCACACCGAGUACAUUUCCACGCGCUGGUACAGAGCCCCAGAGUGCCUCCUCACCGAUGGCUACUACGGCUUAAAGAUGGACAUGUGGAGUGCUGGUUGUGUCUUCUUUGAGAUCAUGAGUUUGAGUCCCCUCUUCCCUGGGACCAAUGAGUUGGAUCAGGUCGCUAAGAUCCAUGACGUCUUGGGGACGCCAGAUCUAACGAUCCUCCAAAAGUUAAAGCAGUCUAGAGCGAUGCUUUACAACUUCCCCCCUAAAAAAGGCAGCGGCAUCUCCCGGUUAGUCCCUCACUGCCCGGCUCCAGCUCUGUCCCUGCUCUAUCAGAUGCUCGCCUAUGACCCCGAUGAACGCAUUACUGCGGAAACAGCCAUGCGCCACACAUACUUCAGGGAAAUCAGGCAAACAGAGAAGAAUGCUGAGACUUUUCACAGAGCAUCAGGGACAAUGAAUGGACUAGAGAGCGCUGAGACGCACAACUCCUGCGACCACAUCUGGCGCCCAGCCAGACACGGAAAACAGCUGAGGGGAAGACACACAAGGCAAACCCCUUUAAUAUGCCACAACAUGAAACAUGCGGCGGAGCCCCUGAUCCGACGCAACGUCCCCCCCCGUCCGACCGAGCUGCCCAAACUCAACCUGGUUUUGCCUGGACCACAGAUGUCCUUCCCUGCGUCCACUAUGCCGUCCUUUACCGUCACCCACCGAGGCACUCUGCCAGCCGUCACGUCGACAAAGUGCCAGCCACGGUUGGCCAAGCCCUGGGAUGAUCCACACCGCGCCGCUUUCAAGUCCUUCUACUUCCCCCCUCUGGACAGGAAACGUGGAGGCUACUGAGAAUCAAAAGCACUUCCAAUAUAUUAUUAAAAAUGACCUCUUGAAACUGGAUAGACCUGUACUGUUGAAAACAAAUUGUUGACAGGACAAUGUUGGGAUGUUGAAAUGGAGCAACACCAACGUGAUGAGAGACGCAGCAAAGACCGCCAUGCCUAUCGUGUUAUCAGUUACGACUGCUUACAUCAAACUGUUUAAAGCUUGUACAAUUCAGUGUAGUCUAUAAUAUGUUGCAUUGAGAGUGUCAAGUUAGAACCUCAGUUUUACGUGGCCUAGUCAGGUGUUACAUGUUUACAACUGUUAAGAAAUACACUUUAAUCUGAGCCUUUUAAACAAGCUAAGCAAUAAGAUGAACACCCGUUUAGGAUUAGUGAAUGAACGAGUGUACAAACGGGCUCAAAAACUGGACGGCAAUAGAAAUCCUUCUAACGGGAGCUACUCAGUGUUUGGAUCCAUUAACUAUACUACCAGGCACAGAAUGGAAAUUUCUUUCUCAAGGACAAAGUAACACAUAGCUGAUGAGUAACAUCCCAAUAACCCAAUGCAGGCAACAACAUAGAUUUGGAGCGGCCCACAAAAAAUGACUUUCCUUUUAGAUCAGUUAUGUAUGUGAUCUGUAUUUUAUAUGGCCUUCAUUUUAAGGAAGUUCUAAAAACAAUGUUUUUAUGUUUUGUUUAGAAUGUAGCUUAGCCAGUACUUCCAAUUAAAGCAUUUUUGUCUUAAAAGAUGUACCGUUUAAUUCAGAGCUCUGCGCUCAGUAAAAUUAACUGACUCAACAUGCACUUUAUGUUGGUUAUUAAAGGGAAGUAUCCUUCGUCAUUUUUAAGGUGUUAUAGUUUCAGAGAAAAACAUUUUAAAAAUAUAUAUUUGCUUCACAGACUUCCUGUCGAGUGAAAGAGGUCAUCUCUUCAUGGCAGAAAAAGGAAGCAAAAAAUAAAAGUACAUAUUGUUUUAAAAUGACAAGAACCAUUGGUUGAUGUUUCUUUGUCAAUUUUUUAGGCUUUGGUUUAAUUAUUUUAAGAGCAUAUUCUGAGGGACAAUGAAAGCUUGUUUCAAAGCUUCUAAGAUGCAAUCAUCACGUUCCAGAGAUUCAGAGGCCCAAACCCACAAAACCCUACAACCCUAUGGACUAAACGGACACCACCUGGUAAAUGGUGAUGUUAGAGUCUCUGAAGGCUUUAAACGGUGUGAAUGGGAAGCACUUUAUGCAACACGUCCCCUUAACGUCAAAAUACAUGAUUUACAAUCGAGGGACAUUAUUUCACUAAUUUGAAAGUCUUCCAGGCUUUUUCCUUACGAGAUGAAGUAAUUACAAAUAAUGUUUUUACUGUUUGUUAAUCUUAUGAAAAAAUGUCAUAAUUCCAUGUGCUUUUUUCCCCCCAUCUUUAAUCCUUAAUAAUUUAUUAAUUAUUGUUUACCUUUUUUCAUGUCUUCAUGCUUUCACGCCGCAGUGACCCAUUGGGCAAAGUCAGCAUUGAAUGCUCAUUUACUAAAAUGGUUUAUAAAGGGUUCAACAUGUCUGCCUGAGGCACAACGGGUUAGCCCUAAAUCCCCAGAGUCCAUGGAGCUGGAGAUUGGAAGACUGCU